CCGAAAUCUCCAGCCUAGCCGUAAAGCUUUAGCUGCCAUACGGUGAUUCAGCGCACGUCUGGAUGUAUGGUCUAUAUUUUUUUUACGUUUUCAGUUUGCAUUAAUGCAAAGUUCGAUCCCAGUCGCACGUCAUGUCAGACAUGCGCAUGGUCACAAAAAGCACGCCGCUGCCAAUGCAUCCAAGCGCGAGAGGGCGGCAAAACCAACGAAACCUGCUCAUCGCAAGCAGCAGCCGUACAACCCAGGAUUUAACCAGAUACCCGCUGGACAGCAAUACGGGCAGCCGCUAGGAAUGGAAGGGGGCAUGCCUUACGGGCAGCAACCUAUGGGUGGGGCCAUGGGGUAUGGUCAGGGUAUGGGCUAUGGUCAGGGUAUGGGCUAUGGCCAAGCUAUGCCUGGACAGAUGCCCGGACAGUACGGACAAGCGGGUUUCGGGGCAAGGGCACCUAUGGGUCAACCGUCGAUUCAGCUUCAAGGAGUAACUGCCGUGGAUGGCACACCACCAGAUCUUCAAGCCCACGAGGCCGCAUGUUGCGCAAGCGCAGCACCAUCCCUCACCGCUGGCCAGGCAAGUACGGGCUCAAGCUGCUGCCAGUCUGCAGCCCCUCCUCCGUGUUGUAUGACCGCGAAUCCUGGAACCAACACACAAGUAGGUCUUCAAACCCCAGAGGCUGCAUGUUGCGCAACCGUCACACCAUCCCUAACCGCUGGCCAGGCAAUUAUGGGCUCAAGCUGUUGCCAGUCUCCAGCCCCUCCUCCGUGUUGUAUGACCCUGAAGCCUGGACCUGAGAAGGAAAUAGAGCUACAGGCAGGAGGGCAAAAAUAUAAGCUGAAGGUCAAACUAGAAAAGGCAGGACAAGCUGCCCCGAGUGCGCCAGCAGGGCUCAAUCAAGCACCUACAUCCUCUCCAAGUGCAUCUACAAAUCCUACUCCAACUACAGCCGAAACAGCUGGAACUUCCGGUGCUCCAACUUCCGUUCCACCAGCCUCUAGUGCACCAGCUUCCGGUGCACCACCUUCCGGUGCACCAGCUUCCGGUGCAACCACUCCAACAACUGGCCCAAUCUCUGGUGCACCCGCUUCAAACGGGCCCACUUCCGGUUCCACCGGCGCGAAUCAACCAACUUCCGGUUCUACUAGCGCGAACCCAACAACUUCCAGUGCAACUGGAUCCCAGCCUUCUACUCCUUCAGGAGAUCCCAAUCUCGAUGAAUGCCGCAAGAAUACUUUGAAUACCCACAAUGCAAAGCGAGCCAUUCAUAACGCGCCAAAGAUGACCCUCAAAGAUGACCUGAAUAAGGGGGCCCAGGACUACGCGGUCAAACUAGCCGCCAAGAUGCAGGCAGGUUCGGGUCUCCUGCAUUCUGCAGACGACGAGAGACCUAACCAGGGCGAGAACCUCGCAUGGGGGUGCUUUCCUGGGGAUAAAGUCUAUAGCUGCGUCAAGGCGACAACAGAAUGGUACAACGAGGUCAAGGAUUAUGACUUUAACAAUCCCGGCUUCAGUGGAGCGACCGGUCAUUUUACGCAGGUUGUGUGGAAGGGGAGUAGCGAGCUUGGAGUUGGACGCGCUAAGUACAAAGAAGCUCAAGGUGCCAAUACGUGCUACGUGGUUGUCGGUCGGUACCGCCCUCCCGGGAACAUGGCCGGGGCUUUCCCAGCUAAUGUCCUGAAAGGAUCAUACAGUGGUUGAUGGAAUACUCUUCAGCAGCUUAAAGGGGCAAGCUCAGCCCUACCGUCACGAAUUGCAGUAUUGUUAUUCAGAUAUUAACACUGGUACACUGUAGGAAAUCCACAUACAACAGACAGCUUCAAAUAUGGAGCAUAUGGAUGUGUUCCUUGUAUGCAAAGCAUGAUGGGUAGAGUGAGACUGACCCUUUAAAAACACCUUUCUGCGUGAAGUGUAUAAACACUUUGAAUAUCUUGAUUUAAUAUAUAUAUAUAUCUUUUACUUAAAGAAACAGACUUCCUUGAAAACUGAAGUAGUAGCUAGUAGUUUUGAAGCAUUUCUCGGGAUUGGAAUAGGUAGCCGAGGAGCUCUGUUGCUAAGAUUGCGUCCUGAAUGAGGUUAUAAUAGAGCAUGUGAGUGAUGUCAGAAGCAUUGUGUAUAUUCAUAUUAUUGGAGUAUAUAUUAAAUGUAUGCCUUCA